AUGAAGCCAGGAUUGUCUUCUUUGAAUCCCUAUGCAGCAGCAUACAUUCCACUCUCCAAAAGGGAGACGGAUGAUAGAAUGUAUGUGGCGACGAAAGAUUCUAGCCGCAGCAAUGAGGCAGUCUGGUUUGGGACCCCACAGAAUAAUUCCCAGAAUCAACAGCAUAGCAAAUCUUAUCUUGAAUCUGAUGCCCCUGGUACUGCAAGACUCCCCAGUCCAAAGUCAUUUGCUGUAAAGAGCUACCCUGCCCAUGGUUCUUAUGGUUCAUCUUCACAGAAUGUGAAUGAAGUGACAGCACAUGAAGAUUUUGAUAUGGCUUUGGAUUAUCUUGAGAUGACAUUUCCUGGUAUAUCUGACGAGUCCCUUACUGAUGUUUAUUUGGCAAAUAAGGGUGACCUGGAUGCCACCAUUGACAUGCUGAACCAACUUGAGUUCUACACGGUUGAGUCUUCUGAAAGUCUUCCAGACACUUUGGACAUUGGAGAUGUUUCUGAAUCUGGGUUGCCAGGCAAUAGUGCAUGGAAACUGAAGAAUGUAGCAGGUGAAGCCAGCGGUUCACCCAACUCGUAG